AUGACCUCACCAGCCGCAAAGCCGGCCGAAGAUACACAACGUCCCUUGGCCGAGUCUAUCGCCGCCGCGACCCGAUCUGUCCAUGCAAGGCUUAACAAGAUUAUCAUUGCUCGCCUGCCCUUGGCGAUCCCACCCCGCGCGGCAGAUCCCUCACUCUACGCUUCUGGCCUCCUUCACAUCACACCCAUUUACGACACCUUUGAGUCACUAUGGAAGACCAUCGCGGAACCACCACAACUUCUCACACCUGGCGAGGCCGGUGACGACUGUGAAUUAGGCCAAGCUGAGCUUACAUCGGUGUCGAACGCUGACUCAAACCUACGACACCAACCUGCUCUAUGCGAGCGAACUCGCUCGAUACUAACGUCGCUGUACCUACCUGGACUCAUGCGUUCUGAUCGUCUGCGAGCCGACAUUGGUUCCAUCACCGGAUGGUCACCCGAUGUUGUAAACGAGCAAUUGUCAGCGAUCUCUCAGUCAGGGCGCCUCGCUGAGUUCACAAUGCACGUUAGGCGCACCAUCGAGAAGAAGCCUCAUGUCCUCAUGGCGUACUCGUACAUCUUGUUCAUGGCCCUCUUUGCCGGUGGACGUUUCAUUAGAGCCACCCUCGAGUCUGCGGGUUCAGAAUUUUGGGAGCAGACGUCGUCGCCCGUUCCACCCUCAGAGACACCCUGUCAAGAACGUACACCAUCAUCAGACACGGCUAUUCAUACUACAACACCAGUCGACAUGGCACGGGGUGAUGACCGCGGGAAGAUCGAAGUCGGCGCAAAGCACAUGCGUCAUUCUCUACCCCUGAGCUUCUUCCACUUUGCGACGCCACUGGACGGCGAGGACCUCAAAAAGGAGUUUAAGAAACGGCUAGAGGAAUCCGAGCAUCUCCUGACACCCCGCGAGAGGCAUGACAUCAUCCAAGAGGCCGUCUGUAUCUUUGACAAUAUGCUGCUCCUCGUUGGCCAGCUGGACAAUGUAUGCGACACAGAUUUGGAACAUGGUCCUUCCGUCUUGGAAUCAUGGGCAUCAUUGGCACCAGGCGGCCGUCUACGCGACAGUGUGGCCAUUGCCAGAGACAGGAAGAGGGAAAAGACGGCCUCGAAGAAAUCCGAGGACAGCGAGAAGUCUGAUUCGUGGCUCUCCAGGCACACGAGGCAGAAGGCUUGUGAGACUCCAGAGUCUCAUGCUUUGAGCGACCUGGAGAAACAGCCCCCGGCAUGCUGUCCGGCCUCCAAGUCUAUGAGAUUCGAGCCGAAGCUUGCGGUGCCAAACAGAAAGGAAAAGGGGCAGACGUUCUCGACAGACGGCGCAGCUAACGCAGCGUCAUCUGCAGGAGGCGUGAUGUCUAGGCAGGGGCAGCUAUCACGCUCUGCCACGUCCUUGAUAUCUAACAUCAUCAUCGUGGCAGGCUUAGCUGCGAUUGUCAGUAUUUUCUUUCUAGCAAAGAGGACGGGAACAGAGGGCGUGUAG